AUGAUUUCUCACUCGUACUCUUGGGCUCUCUCAAUCUUUUUAUUGUUUCAUCCUUCUUUGUCUGAUGAAAACCCCAGUAAUGUUUCAUGCAUUGAAUCCGAGAAAUUUGCUCUUUUGGAGUUCAAGAACGACCUCACUGACGGUGGAAACCGACUCCUUUCUUGGAACAGUAGCAAUGAAGAUUGUUGCAAAUGGUAUGGAAUCACCUGCAACAAUCAAACUGGUCAUGUUAGCGAGAUCCACCUUCGUGGAUCUGAUCAUAGGUUUGGAGGGGAACUCAACCCUUCCUUGCUCAAUAUGACUUCACUCGUGUACUUAGACUUGAGCUGCAAUGAUUUUGGAGGGAACCCGAUUCCUACCUUCAUAGGUUCUCUCCACACCUUGACUUAUCUGAAUCUUUCUAUGUCAAGAUUUUCUGGGGAAAUUCCGAGUCAACUUGGGAAUCUCUCUAUGUUGCGCGUACUCAGUGUCCACAAUGUUUAUAGAAGUGUCCACAAUGUUUAUAGAAGUGAUCAAUAUGCGCAAAAAGUGAAGAGUUUGUGGUGGUUAUCGGGUCUUUCUUCUUUGCGCCACCUUGACAUGAGUGGGGUUACCCUUGGCAAAGUGUUUGAUUGGUCACAGGUGAAUCGAAUCCUCCCUUCUUCUCUUGUGGAACUGUAUUUCUCGUCUUGUGGACUUCCCCCUAUCAGGCCUGGUUCAGCUCUGGAUAAUCUUAGUUUGCUUUCAAUCCUUGAUCUUUCCGAUAACAAUUUCAGUACCAACUCGAUACCUAGUUGGAUAUCUAGUUUAUCGAGUCUAGUUUCCUUAAACCUUGCUAACUGUGAUUUCAGUGGUCCGAUUCCUGCUGGUCUUAUGAACAUGGUUUCCCUUAUUACCAUUGAUUUGUCAAAUAAUCAACUCACGAGUAUUCAAACCAUGCUUAAUUCGUCUCCAGGAAACAUUUGUAACUUGAGGGAAAUCAAUCUUUCUUGGAACAAAUUUAAUGGGAAGAGUCUGUUGGAGGUCCUCACAAGUUUGUUCAAAUGCGAGUCGUCUAAACUUGAGUCUUUAAGGUUCGCAGCGAGUGGGCUUUCUGGUUAUUUACCACCGCAACUCGGUAAUAUGAAGAACUUGGUUCAUAUCGAUCUUAACAGCAAUUCAAUUUCUGGGUCAAUCCCCGAUUCUUUAGGAAAUUUACAGUCCUUACAAACUCUAGAACUAAAAUCUAAUUCAAUAUCGGGCCCGCUUCCUGACUCAAUAGGAAGGUUAUCAUCUUUGCUACGGAUGCAUCUUCCUUACAAUUCGAUAACUGGCCCACUCCCAGAUUCUUUAGGAAGAUUAUCAUCUUUGGAGAGGUUAGAUAUUUCGAAUAAUGAAAUCAACGGGACUCUUCCUCAAAGUGUUGGUCAACUUACGAAGCUGAUGAUCCUUAACAUCAGGAACAAUCUGUUAACAGGUGUUGUGACUGAAGAUCAUUUUGCUAAUCUCACCAGCUUAACCAAUUUGCUUGCGGAUGCAAACAUGUUAAGACUUCAGAUAUCGGCUAAUAACUGGGAACCACCUUUCCGACUCCAAAUAUUGAUCUUGAAUUCUUGGAGUUUAGGUCCAAAGUUCCCUUCUUGGCUUCAAAACCAGACAAAUUUGUCCAUCUUGUAUCUAGCCAGCACGGGCAUUUCAGAUAACAUUCCAAGUUGGUUCUCGACUACGCUUUUGAGUUUGCAGUAUCUGAAUCUCUCGGAUAAUAAUUUAUCAUCAGUGUCUCUGAAGGAUUUAUUUUGUUCUAAAAUAGAUGCAGAACAGAAACAAGUUAUAUAUUUGAAUCUGGGUAAUACUAAUCUUUCAGGUGUUCUUCCUGACUGUUGGGGGGCCUGGGGAACCUUGAAACUUUUGAACUUCCAGAACAAUAAUCUCACUGGUGAAAUUCCAAGAUCCUUGGCAAGGUUAUCCAUGUUAGAAUCAUUAAACAUGCGCAAUAACAAGCUCUCGGGAGAAUUACCUGUGAAUCUGAUGAAUUCAAAGAGCUUACAGAUCAUCGACCUUUCUGAAAAUAGAUUCAUCGGCGGCAUACCGAUACCAAUGGGUGGAGAAGGUACAAAUUUGAAGGUUCUGAGCCUUCAUUCGAACACACUGAAUGGCAAGAUCCCAGAUGAAAUCUGCAGACUUGAUUCUAUCCAAACUCUGAUCCUUGCUAAUAACAAUCUUUCAGGCGAAGUACCAAACUGCUUUCACAAUUUUAGUCUCAUGACAGGAAAAGCAAAUCCAAAUAAAAUUGUCUUGCUAGCCGGAAAUGAAUUUAUGGGCAGUGCUUGGUUGGUGUUGAAGGGAAGGGAGAUUGGGUACAGCAGCAAUCUUGGUCUAGUGACAUUCUUGGACCUUUCAGGGAACGAUUUAUCGGGGGUUAUUCCAAGUGAGAUUACGAGGCUGGUGGAGUUGAAAUAUUUGAAUUUUUCUGGUAAUCGAUUAACAGGGAGGAUGCCUGAGAAGAUUGGCGACAUGAAGGAGUUAGAAGCUCUUGAUUUGUCGAUGAAUGAGCUUGAGGGGAUGGUUCCUUUGAGCAUGUCAAGUUUGAGUUUCUUGAAUUGGUUGAACUUGUCGUACAACAACUUGACAGGAAGAAUUCCAUCAAGCACUCAGCUACAGAGCUUUGAGGAUUGGAGCUUUGUUGGCAACAGACUGUGUGGUGCUCCAGUCAGAUUAGGAUGCGAAAGGAGGCAGGGUGAAAAGGUGGGUGAAGUAGGAGAAGGAGGUGGUGGACCAGAUUGGAGACUUGUUAUAAGCAUAGUGGUUGGAUUUGUUGUGGGCUUCUGGAUUGUCGUGGCUCCGUUGAUGGUUAGCAAGGCAUGGAGGGUAUCAUAUUUUCAAUUUAUGUGUGAUAUUUGGUACAAGUUCUAUGAUUUUGUGGUCAAGUACUCUUCCAACAAAAAUGUUAGUUUAUAA